AUGUCUUUCCUUAACAAGAACUACAAAUUCGUCAGCCAGGAGAACUUUGAGGGGUUCCUCAAGGCAGUUGGUGUGGCUGAAGAUAGGUUUGAGCAGCUGAUGAAGUUCGCUCCCGACCAGAAGCUGACUAAGGAUGGAGAUACUUACACUUAUUAUAACGUUACACCCGAGGGACCACAGGAAGUCAAAUUCAAAUCUGGAGUAGAAAUUGAUGAACUUAUUGGCUCCACAAAAAUGCCUGUUAAGAGCACAUACGUGGUUGAGGGCGAUACCAUGACACAAACAGUCAAGUCUGUAGAGAGAGGUGUUGCCGUCUUCAAGAGAGAGUACAAUGGAGAUGAUCUCAUUGUGACCAUUACCUUAGACAAAUGGGAUGGCGUUGCGAAGAGAUUCUAUAAGGCCGAAUAA